AUGCCUCGCAAUGGUUCCGGGAACGGAGGCCCAACGUCGAUGCUCCAUCGCACAGGGGUUAUUGGAGCAGUAGCUCGGUUUUACCAGCGCACCUACGCUGGUGACUAUAUCGCAUUCGGAGUUUUGGUGGCAGCAUGGUUUCUGAUUCACGCCUUUAUAAAACCUUUCCACCGCAUGUUUUCCCUCGAUAACAAGUCCAUCCAGUACCCAUAUGCUACUCAGGAAAGAGUCCCUCUGAAUAUGAUGUUUAUAUGUGGAGGCUGGAUUCCUCUUGGUGUGAUCCUCGUAUGGGCUGCGCUUAAACGUCCUGGACUACAGCAGACCCAGGCCACAGUGAUCGGCUUCGCUGUAUCACUACUCCUUACUACCGUUUUGACAGACAUCAUUAAGAACGCGGUGGGAAGGCCUCGACCUGAUCUGCUAGCGCGGUGUAAACCCGCUCGUGGCACCCCGGACAAUAUACUUCUCACUUGGGAAAUUUGUACGGAGCCCAGCAAAGGAUUCCUCCACGAAGGAUGGCGCAGUUUUCCCAGUGGACACAGCAGCUAUUCCUUCAGUGGCUUGGGAUAUCUUACUCUUUUCUUGUGCGGUCAAAUGCAUGUCUUUCGACCUCGGACAGACCUGGGCCGCAGCCUUAUUGCAUUCGUCCCCCUCUUUUGCGCCCUCCUGGUAGCAUUGUCUCGUCUGGCUGACUAUCGUCAUGAUGUAUGGGACGUGUCUAGCGGUGGAACCCUUGGAAUGCUGGUAGCUUGGUUUUCAUACCGUCGUUACUACCCGUCCCUGCGCUCCAUCCACUGUGAUGUUACCUAUGACAAGGCCAAUGAUGUUCCUAGUCGGGAGCGGUUUCAUAGAGCGGAUGAUGAAGAGCAGGGCGCAUCGCAACCCUUCAUCUCACGCGACGAGCAUGGGUCUGACGAGAAUUUCCAGCUGGAGGAGAUGGAUUCGCCCCGCUCAAUGGCAUAG